UCGGCCGCCGCCGAGAGACGGUUACUCCAUUUUACCCCCCCCUCACCGGAGCCGACUAUCCCUCGUAUCCGCCCAGGCCCAGCCACCCUUCACCCCCUCCACUGCCCGAGCUGAGCAGCCGCCGCCCCCGCCGGGAGGAGGAGGAGGAGGGGCCCGGGGACCCCCCCACCCCGCCCGGAGCAGCCGCCGGGGCCGGGGCGCCCUCCCACAGCCCGACACCGCCAGGGACCGUCCCUCUCGAGUAGCCGCCAGAGCCGGGGCGGGAGCAGCCGCCGCCGACCCCGCCAGUGGCGAGAGGAGGGGCCCGAGGGCCACCCCCGCGUGAGGAGAAGGGGCCCGGACAGCCACCGGCGGGGCGCGAUCCCCCUGGGCACAGGGGCGGCUUUGAGCAGGUUUUGUAGUGCUUCCCUGAGCAUGAGUUCAGAAUGAAGCGGCGAUUGGAUGAGCAGGAGUCACCGGUGUACACGUCACAGCAGAGACGUAUCACCAGCAGCACAGAAGCUUUCCAACACCAGCACCGUAUGCUUGCUCCAGCACCUCCUGUAUAUGAGGCGGUUUCGGAGACCAUGCAGUCUGCCACUGGAAUUCAGUACUCUGUAACUCCCAGCUACCAGGUGUCGGCUGUGCCACAGAGCUCAGGCAGUCAUGGCCCUGCUAUAGCGACCGUCCAUAGUGGACAUCAUCACACUACACCAGUGCAGCCUCAUGGAAGCCAGGUGGUGCAGAGUCAUGCUCACCCGACCCCUCCAGCAGCACCAGUGCAGGGGCAGCAGCAGUUCCAGAGGCUUAAGGUGGAGGAUGCGCUGUCCUAUCUUGACCAGGUGAAGCUGCAGUUUGGUAGUCAGCCUCAGGUCUACAAUGAUUUCCUGGACAUAAUGAAGGAAUUUAAGUCUCAAAGUAUUGACACUCCAGGGGUGAUCAGCCGCGUGUCUCAGCUCUUCAAAGGUCACCCUGACUUGAUCAUGGGCUUCAAUACCUUCUUGCCACCUGGCUACAAAAUUGAGGUGCAGACUAACGAUAUGGUGAAUGUGACAACACCAGGGCAGGUUCACCAGAUCCCCACACAUGGCCUCCAGCCGCAGCCACAGCCGCAGCCUCAGCAUCAAUCCCAGCCUUCAGCACAGUCAACCCCAACCCCAGCACAGCCUGCACCACAGCCACCACCUGCCAAAAUCAGCAAGCCAUCACAAUUGCAGGCACAUACGCCAGCCAGCCAGCAGACUCCCCCAAUUCCUCCAUAUGCAUCACCGCGCUCUCCACCUGUGCAGCCUCAUACACCUGUGACAAUCUCUCUUGGAACCACACCAUCCCUGCAGAACAAUCAGCCGGUUGAGUUUAAUCAUGCCAUCAACUAUGUCAACAAGAUCAAGAAUCGGUUCCAGGGACAACCAGACAUCUAUAAGGCCUUCUUGGAGAUCCUCCACACAUAUCAGAAAGAGCAGCGGAAUGCCAAGGAGGCAGGUGGUAACUACACACCAGCUUUGACAGAGCAGGAGGUGUAUGCACAGGUCGCGCGCCUCUUCAAGAACCAGGAGGAUUUACUCUCUGAGUUUGGGCAGUUCCUGCCAGAUGCUAACAGCUCUGUGCUGUUAAGCAAGACAACUGCAGAGAAAGUGGAGUCGGUAAGAAAUGACCAUGGUGGAACAAUCAAGAAACCCCAGCUCAACAACAAGCAACAAAGACCCAACCAAAAUGGCUGUCAAAUCAGACGGCACUCAGGAACUGGAGCAACCCCACCAGUGAAGAAGAAACCAAAGCUGCUUGGUUUAAAGGACCAGUCAUUGGCAGAAGCCAGCAAACAUGGGGUGGGGACAGAAUCUCUGUUCUUUGAGAAGGUCCGCAAGGCUCUGCGUAGCACGGAGGCGUAUGAAAAUUUUCUUCGCUGCCUGGUUAUUUUUAAUCAAGAGGUGAUCUCCCGGGCUGAGCUUGUGCAGCUAGUUUCUCCAUUCUUGGGGAAAUUCCCAGAACUGUUCACUUGGUUUAAAAACUUUCUGGGUUACAAAGAGUCUGUUCACAUGGAGACAUUUCCAAAAGAACGGGCUACAGAGGGGAUUGCCAUGGAGAUAGACUAUGCCUCUUGUAAGAGACUGGGCUCCAGCUACCGAGCCUUGCCCAAGAGUUACCAGCAGCCCAAGUGCACCGGGCGGACUCCGCUAUGUAAAGAGGUUUUGAAUGAUACUUGGGUCUCCUUCCCUUCCUGGUCUGAGGAUUCUACCUUCGUUAGCUCCAAGAAGACACAAUACGAAGAACACAUCUACAGAUGUGAGGACGAGCGUUUUGAGCUGGAUGUUGUCUUAGAGACCAACCUGGCAACAAUCAGAGUCUUAGAGGCAAUCCAAAAGAAACUCUCCCGCUUGUCUGCUGAGGAGCAAGCCAAAUUCCGGCUGGACAACACUCUGGGUGGCACGUCGGAGGUGAUCCACCGCAAGGCGCUGCAGAGGAUAUAUGCUGACAAAGCAGCCGACAUCAUAGACGGGCUGAGGAAAAACCCAUCUGUUGCAGUUCCUAUUGUGCUGAAAAGAUUAAAAAUGAAAGAGGAAGAGUGGCGAGAAGCCCAGAGAGGAUUCAACAAGGUCUGGAGGGAGCAGAAUGAGAAAUAUUACCUGAAAUCCCUGGAUCACCAGGGCAUCAACUUCAAACAGAAUGACACCAAGGUCCUGAGGUCAAAGAGCCUCCUCAAUGAGAUUGAGAGCAUCUAUGAUGAGAGGCAAGAGCAGGCAUCAGAAGAUAAUGCUGGAGUACCCAUAGGCCCACACUUGUCACUAGCCUAUGAGGACAAGCAAAUCCUGGAGGAUGCUGCUUCUCUUAUCAUCCACCAUGUGAAACGGCAGACAGGAAUUCAGAAAGAGGACAAGUACAAAAUCAAGCAGAUCAUGUACCACUUCAUUCCGGACCUGCUGUUUGCUCAGCGGGGCGAGCUCUCAGACGUGGAAGAGGAAGAAGAGGAGGAAAUGGAUGUGGAUGAAACCACCGGGGCUGCGAAAAAGCACAAUGGAGUUGGGGGCAGCCCCCCUAAAGCCAAGCUGCUGUUCAGCAACACAGCGGCCCAGAAGCUACGGGGGGUGGACGAAGUGUACAACCUCUUCUAUGUCAACAACAACUGGUACAUCUUCAUGCGGCUUCACCAGAUCCUAUGCUUGCGGCUGCUGAGGAUUUGCACCCAGGCCGAGCGGCAAAUCGAAGAGGAGAACCGAGAAAGGGAAUGGGAGCGGGAAGUGCUUGGCAUAAAACGAGACAAGAGUGACAGCCCAGCAAUUCAGCUGCGACUGAAAGAGCCCAUGGAUAUUGAUGUGGAGGAUUACUACCCAGCUUUCCUGGAUAUGGUGCGGAACCUGCUAGAUGGCAACAUGGAUUCGUCCCAGUAUGAGGACUCCCUGCGUGAGAUGUUCACCAUUCAUGCCUACAUCGCCUUUACCAUGGACAAGCUGAUCCAGAGCAUUGUUAGACAGCUUCAGCACAUAGUGAGUGAUGAGAUCUGCGUACAGGUGACAGAGCUUUACCUGUCGGAGAAUAGCAACGGAGCUACCGGAGGCCUGCUGUCCUCACAGUCAUCUCGGGCCCUUGUGGAGGCCACGUACCAGCGCAAAGCCGAGCAGCUCAUGUCAGACGAGAACUGUUUCAAGCUGAUGUUCAUUCAGAGCAGAGGCCAGGUCCAAUUAACCAUCGAGCUGCUGGACACCGAAGAGGAGAACUCGGAUGACCCCGUAGAGGCAGAGCGUUGGUCAGACUACGUAGAGCGGUACGUCAACUCUGAUUCUACCUCUCCUGAACUUCGGGAACACCUGGCCCAGAAGCCGGUUUUCCUGCCAAGGGAUUCUCUGGUUUACAGGAACCUGAGGCGGAUCCGUAAGUGUCAGCGUGGUCGGGAGCAGCAGGAGAAGGAAGGGAAGGAGGGAAACAGUAAGAAGUCCAUGGAGAAUGUGGAGAGCUUGGACAAGCUGGAGUGUAAAUUCAAACUGAACUCCUAUAAGAUGGUGUACGUGAUCAAAUCGGAGGAUUACAUGUACAGGAGGACCGCUCUGCUGCGUGCUCAGCAGUCCCAUGAAAGAGUGAGCAAGCGGCUGCACCAGCGGUUCCAAGCCUGGGUGGACAAAUGGACCAAGGAGCAUGUGACCCGUGAAAUGGCAGCUGAGACAAACAAGUGGCUAAUGGGAGAAGGGUUGGAGGGUUUGGUGCCCUGUACCACUACCUGUGAUACAGAGACCCUGCACUUUGUGAGCAUUAACAAGUACCGUGUCAAAUACGGCACAAUAUUCAAGACACCAUAAAGUUCCUGAGUGAGGGAAGAUCACAUGGUGUGUGUAUGUGUGUGUGUAUCAAGGAAACGAGGAAGAUGCCUUUCUCCCCUCACUGUGUAUCUCCGUAACGUGGCCAGUUGACUAGUGCGAAGCUGGUACAGCCUGUCACCAGCGGGAUUCGGUUUAGGAAAACGGAUCUCUACAACCCUAAGCUGGAACUGUUGCCAACAGGCCUCUGACUUCAGCGUGCACUGUGGAGGGAAGGAUCCUUUUCAGAACUGAGUGAUCCUAGAGAAAUGCAGCUAGCUCAUAUGCACCAGCACUUCUGAGACUAACUCCUCAAUGGCCUGAACUUCAAGGGAAGAGAACUGGAUGUUGCAUACAUCCUGACCGGAGUGGUGCAUUUAAAGUUAUAUGCUCAGCUAUGUCGUGAAACCCAGAGGUGCCUAUCACAACUGGAUUCUCCUCUGUUAGGCUGCUGCAGGUUUGCCAGGAUCUCACCCGGGGUCACCCAGCUCUGCAGUCCGACUGUCGAGAACAGCAUCUCCUGGAUCUGACCCUCGACUCCUCCCUCCUUCACCCUGCUGGACUCCUGAUUUGAGCCAGCUCAGAUUGGUCUGUCCUUUCUAGUGCCAGCGGGAUUGUUUUGUACCUGCUUCUUUACUAGUCUCUUCUAGUGCCAUGCACCAGCUUUUCACACACAUACGCACACACAGCAGAAACAACACAAUUUUAACAUGUUCCCUUUCCUUUUUUGUAAAUAAAUGUACAUAUUGUCAAUUUUUUUUGUUUUUUUUUAUUAAAGGAAAUAUGCUUGAUGUGCUAGUAUAACUGUACCAGCUUCUUGUGUACCAUAGUACCAGGUGGCUUGAGAGUUAGUACCAACAAACAGACCUAUGGAGACAUUUAUUACACUUUUUACCAAAGGGAGUUAUCGUUGUAGUGCUUUUGUGUGGAAACUUUUCUCUCCUUUCUUUUGUAAAUAAAAAUACGUCUUGGUUCUUAUUGAGGAAGACACUCGCUCACCCACGGCCCUGUUCCUGUUCUGAAAGGCACCAUGCAGCAUGCAGUUUGCAAUGGGGAGAGGGGACAUUUGACCAUUUUAUUAUUGGCUUCACAAUCUGAGGGGAGAAGGCAGAGGCAAUGUGUGUGGUUUGUGGUGAACAUGACCAUGUUCUAAGCAGCCUGUUAAGAUAUAUAAAUAUAUAUUAUAUAAUUUUUAAUUUUUUUAUUUUAUUUUAAAUUUUUUUUGGUGGGUAAUUUUUAUCCACCUGGUCUUCCAGCUCAGAGAACCUUCGCUUUUGGGAAGUGUUGCUGAGCUACCUAGCUGGGGUUGAUUGUGCUUAUGUAUUUUCCCUCUCAGUAUUGGAGAAAACAUCCUAAGUACCAAACCAGUAUUUCAUUAGAGCUGCUUUGUGUCUGUGUGUGUGUGUGUGUGUGUCUAUGUCUGUGUGUGUGUGUGAGAGAGAACGGCGAGGCGGGUAGGCUGUGUGAUGCAUUUCACUAGUGAAAUCCACAAAUGGGAUAUAUAUUUUUUUAAGCAUAGAAGUUUGGUGCUGGCAGAUAUUUAAGCAUUGGAAGAUUUUGGUUUUCAGACAAGUUGGCAUGGACUUUGUAAGCCACGACAGACCCAACUGCACUGUCUCUCCUCAAAGGAGGCAUCCUUUCCUUGCACAAAACAAUGCUGCCAGUUGUGCCCGAACAGCUUCCGUGUCCCAGCUGGAGAGCUGUGAAUGCAGCUCUGCUGUUUUUCAAAGUCCACUUCUGAAAUCUGUCCCAGGGAUUUCAAGACACCUGGUUGUCCCCUCAGAACUGAGCUCUCUUCCCUUCCCCGGCAGAGAGAUGGAGAAAUUGGGGAGAGAGGGUCGGGGGAGGGCAAUCGCUCCAGCCUUUGUGCAGCUGGGAGAGCAGAGUGGUGAAAAUGCAUGGCCUAUGAGGGUCACUAGUCAUUGGCAGCCAAUGUACAGAGAGUAAUUCCAGCCAUUGUGAUGAAUGGGAGCCUCCUAUGGAGCGAGGAAAAGAGAGUAAAGAGCCCACGGGGGAGUUUUCAGAGUUUGCCAGCAAUAAGUUACCUGUCCCGUUUCUCCUCCUUUUGCUGUGUUCAGACAGGAAGGGGGUUUUAUUGUGUCCUCUUCCAUUUCAAAGGUUUUACACACGCUCCCCUGUGCCUCACCCCACCCUCAGGUGUUUCUUUUCAAUAUAUGUUAAAGCUGAUCUGGAAGUGGAAGUCAGGAUGAUUUAGACUUUACCAGCUUGGAAGUAACAGCUGCUGCUGCUUUGUGGGUGUUUUGUCCAAGAGUCUGUGCCUGCAUGUUAUUUGAGCGGAAUGGGGUUAACAUGGCGGGAUUCCUGCUGUUCAAGGUACCCAGGAAAAAAACCCAAUAAAACACAAGGAGAUCUCCUCCUGCAGCAGGGUUUUCACCUACAGCUUUCAUCCCUCCCGAUGUCUGACUUCUGAGCUCCAAGCUCUGAUCCCAGCCUGUACAAUAGCAAGAUUUCUUUUUACUUUAAAUUGCUUUUUGUAUUCUGUAAUGUGAUCCUUGGCCACCUAUCCAUGUGAUGAUUUCUAUACAAAUGUUGUAAACUUGACUGUAGUGCAGUAUUUCCAUUAAAAUAUCAGGGCUAA